AUGAGUCAGGUUGCACAUCACGCCACCGCUUGCAAAGGGUGUCGCCGAAGAGGCCGCAAAUGUGAUCGAACACUACCAGCCUGUCUAAGCUGUCGGCGCCGAGGAGUCGAGUGCGAAGGAUACAUUACAAGAUGGCCUGGCGUUGCGUCGAGGGGGAAGCUUGCGGGAAAGUCUAUACCAGUUUGCGACAGCUCGGCAAAGUCCUCAAAGCACAGACCUAAACGGGGGAAUGUUCCCCUAUCAACUGGAUCGAGGGACAUGAUCGAGAGGGGGCUUGGACACAACUCUAACGACUCGCAUCUCGACAUCCAAGACCUCAGCAGCAUCUUUUAUUUGGGAACUGGACCCAGCGACAAUCCAAUGUUUCGUUAUGUGCUUCCACUUAUAGACACUGUGCCUCCUAUACGCUAUGCCAUCGCUGCGUCGGCAUCUUGUCACCUUGCGGCUCGAACCUCAGAUAAAGACCUCGAGAAGAAAAGCCUGUAUCUGCGCGUCCAUGCUACGCAUCUCUUGGGGGAGAUGCUCCGAGAUCCAUGCUCAGCAACAGAUCAAAGCAUACUAGCCAGCAUGUUGAUGCUGGCACAGCUUGACAUGUGUUCUGGAGAUUGUCUCGAGUUUGAGACGCAUCUAAAAGCUGCAGUCGUCAUCGUUCGGGCCCAGAAUUAUGACCACGCAUCAAACAAGCACUACUUUGAGCAGCGGCUUGCGUGGCUCGACAUGAUGGCAUCUACAACCUCUGCCCGACUACCAAAUUUAUCCGCCGCAGAACUAAAGACGGCUCUCGGACGCUGCUCGAAUCAUGGACAGAGGCAAUGGAGCUAUGAUGUUUUCCCGUGCCCAAUCGAUCUGUUUGAGAUACUCGCAGACAUUACUAUGCUUUACAAGGCCCAAGUGGGCGUGGCGAGUCCAAGCGAGGAGCCUUUGGAGGAGGUUGAUUGCAUAAAACGCCGUCUGGCGGCGUGGGAAUGGCCUGGGGAAACUUCUGGCCCACGGAAGCACAUGGUUAAAGUUUGGUGUCUCGGCAUCAUGGCGUACCUCGGACGACUAUUCCCAUCCACCAACUCCUCGGGUGCAGCAGAUCUGACAAGUCAGGUUCUUUAUCACGCGGGGCUCAUCCCACCGGCUUCGUCUUGGAGCUACUCAUUGCUGUGGCCCAUCUUCCAGAUCGGGGUAACUUUGGGUAAUGAGGCACUGGAUGACAGAGCGUGGGUGGAAAAGCGUCUCAACAUUGCCCUGGAGGCCGUUGGAUGUCGGCAUUUCAGUAACGCGCUCGAGACACUGCGUUUUGUCUGGGACAGCGAUGUGCCAUAUGACCCUCUCACUACUAGCAUGAACGGACGCACCAUAAUGUUGGCAUAG